GAAGGAGCCGCGUCUGCCGGCGGGUCCGAGGGGGAGGUGGCUGGGCCGGUGUGCGCGGCCCAGGCCCGGCGGCGGCUCCGGUCGGGGCGGGAGGCGGCCCGGCCCGCUGCAGCGCGUAGCGCGCUGGGACGGUGUUACCAUACACGGCCCUUCUCCGGCCCUGGGCUCGUGUUGGCCGCACAGUUGCGCGACCCCGCCGCGGGGGAGUUACGAGAUGGUAGUUUCUGGGAGCUGGGACACCCUUCAGCCCGUAACCGAGGGCUCGGAUGAAAGUGGCAAAGUUGGCAGCUCUUUCUUCCGGCCUGCCAGUGGCAUGUAUCACUGUAUAUGCAGCAACAGAAAAAGAAUCAAAAGGUCAGCUGAUAAAGCCAAAUCAGCUUCCAAUUUACUGUUCACCACCUCUGAACUCGAAAUACAUUGAAGAACAGCCUGGUCACUUGCAGAAGCAAUUUUCUUCGGUGAGAAAGUCAACUGGCCGCUAUAUUGGAUGGUGCAAAGAUGCUUUUGUCUUUGUUAAAAAUGGAAUAAUGGAUUCAGUUCAAUUUGGAAAAGAUGCUUAUGUUUACCUGAAGAAUCCACCACCAGAAUUUCUUCCCAAAGUUGGUGUAAUUACAGUAUCAGGCUUAGCUGGCAUAGUGCUGGCAAGAAAAGGUUCUAGAUUGAAGAAAAUGGCUUAUCCAUUGGGACUUACUACUUUAGGAAUUUCUGUUUGUUACCCAGCUCAGUCAGUGGUAGUUGCUAAGGUAGCAGGGAAAAAGUUGUUUUCUGCAAGCCAUCAAACCUAUGAAGCUAUGCGAUCACUAUGGGCAAAAAAGGAAGAUGUCAACAAGCUGCAGCAAGAGUCAAAAGCAGUUAUGCAAGAAGAUAAGAAGAAAGAAAUUUCUAGUACUAAACCUGAGUCUGCUAUUGAGUCAAGAUUGUUUAACAGAACAGAAUCUUCUCCAGUAGAGUCUUGGAGUAAUAAACAUCCAGUGCCUUCAUCAGGAACAGUGAAGGCACCAAAAUUUAAGCCUGAUCCAAAACUUAUGGACCAUGGUCAGUCCAGCCCAGAAGAUGUGGAUAUGUACAGUACUAGAAGCUAAGACAAAUCUGCUUACAAAUCUUUGCAAAGUAUUACAAAUAAGGGGGAGGGAAGAAGGGAAGGAAUAAUCCUUACAAUACAUACUCUGUGAGGUAUACUUUAAUCAGGUAUUUUUCUUAUAUCCCAGUCUGUAUUAUUGACCUACAUGAUUCUCUUUAGUGACUAUUUUGUUUCUCACUACUUACAAACAGUGAGAAUUCACUCAUUGUCAGUGUCAUGAGUGGGACACUGAGAAAAUGAGAUUUGUCAGUGUCCUCUCACAGUGAGGUUUCUCUGUGCCAAGCUUGUUAAUAAAUGUCACUUCGCAAAGAAUAUUUGAAAAUGUAAGCAUACCUCUAUACUCGGCUCAGAUGUUCAUUGAUCUAAAGAAUGUGAUGGAUGGCGUUUGCAGAAGCUUCUUGGUCGUUUUUUCUCUCAGCGCUGGAAUGAAGUGCAACUUCAUAGUGGUCUGAGUACCCUUAAAAAGUCGGGUGUUACAUCAUACCAAUAGUGUUAUCUUUAAUGCUUGUAUAAACAAGUCAUUAUUUUUUUCAUUGCCAAGUCAUUUGUUGUUUCCGUUCAUCUUUUUGAAAGACAUGAACAACAAGUUCUUGUCCAGCAUGCUUCUUGUGACAUAUAAAUACACUUAAGCUGGGAAAAGACCACACAACUCAUCUCUAAAACAUCCUUUAGAGACUAUGCAUUAGUUCUCACCUAGGUCUAAUACUUUGAAGAACUGUAUGCAAAUUGCUUAAUCCGUGAAACGGUUUGAAUUUAUACAGAAUGCAUUAGUAAUGUGGAAACCUGUAGUUUUAAGGUUUAAAGUGCUGACAAAUAUUAAAAAUGCAGAAGCAGUAGGCAGCCACUUCUCUCCUGAGAAGUUUGUGUGCAAUACCCAUUGAUCCUGGUAGGAUUUCUGUGAAAUUCUCUCUUUCCAUAAGAAUGAAAUUAGAAAUGGAUUAAGUUUCCUAGGAUGAAAAUUUCAAACACUGCUUUUAUCAUUGUGUAUAUCACUCUACUUCUGUUUGUCCUCCAUUUCUCUUCAAAACACUCUUAUAAGGGUUGGAAUAGAUCUGGUGGUCGUCUUUGAACAAAGUGCAACUUGUUAUCAGUACACAAUAAUAAUCAGCCUAGAGGUAAUCAGUAUCUACUGUGGCACUCCCCUAAUAUACAAACUAUAAAAGGAUGCUGUGCUAGUAGUUUGUCCUUCAUUCUGCUGAAUUUUGUUACCUUUCAAUUAAUGAAAAUACAUGCUUUGUUGUAAAGUUGAGGGGGGAAGCAAGAACAAACUAAACAAACAGAUAGUUUGGUUGGAAGACUUAAACCUGAAAAGAAAUGCUGCUUCACAGGAAUGUAUUCUCAGCACUGGGAUAUGAAGGGAUAUUUGACCCUGUUCUCCAUAAGAAGAGAUUUCACAACCCGAUUCCUUCUUCUAAGGCUGCUAAUGCAAAGGCAAAUGACUAGUGAAGUACAGGCAAACAGUACUCCGGUGUCACUGUGCGACUAGUAGAAGUUUUGAGGAGAUAUUGCACAAUGGAAUGUGCAGAAGGCACAAAUGAUGAAUGAGCAAAAGAAUAAGUUAGGCUUAUGAUGGUUCAGAAACAGAUAAGUGUUCAUAUUUUGGAAUCCAAAUUUCAGGCAGAGUGUUGGACUGUUAUAUAGAGUCCAGUGGAAGGUAAAGUCAGUAAAUGUAAAGCUUAAAGAAGAAUAAUUCUAUUAGUUAAACUUGCUUGGGACAGCUGACAGAAUUUGAUGUGUUUUGUUUCUUUAAUCAUCUCUUAAGGCCCAGGAAACUGUCAGAAUUCAGGCAGCAAUCAGAGGAUAUUAAAUCAAUCUUCACAGAGCCUUCACAGAGGACAAGACACAUUUAGUGUUCCAUCAGAGAGAGAGGUGUAGAAAAAUUAGAUGCUGGGCUUCAUAUACCAUUUCCAGGGAAAGAGUUGAAGACAUAAGGCAGGAAGUGACAUGGUGAAGAAAUGAUCAUUUUCAAGUGCAAGACUGGAUGGCAGAAAUUGUAUUAUCUAUCUCCCUGUCUGGCCCUUUGAUCAGAUUCUGGAUAGAAAAAAACAUAAAGGAAAAACCAUCUGCUCUACUCCUAGAUUCUAUAUAAAUUCUAACUUAGGUCCUUUGAAUGAUAUGCUGCCGCAACAAGUAAGCAAGAAAGGUAAGGUGAUGCAGGUUUGCAUGGAAUUUGUAGGGGUUUACUGUGAUGACAUUUUUCAGUACACAGUGGGAAACUACGCACAGGAAUGAGUCUUCUGGGAGCAGGGAGCUCUACAGCUACCUUGGCUAGCUGUUAAGGAACAUUAAGGAACAAGCAGGUCUGCCCUUUUCAGGCAAGAGUAGGCCUUACAAGACUGACUUCUACCGGCAGUGCCAAAAGUUAGUCUAGUCCCUUUUGUACUUCAGGGGCAUUAUCAGUCAAGUCUCAUAAUACAAAUGAAGGUGUCUGGUCUACAAAAGGUACCUUGGACUCUUUGGUGGGUAGCCAGUCAAGAUUUAAAUGUUUCAUGCAAGCUAUUUGUAUUACAACCCCUGAUUUUACAAGAAGUCAAUGCUGUAAAUGAACAUGAUACACAAAGCUGUCCCUGGGCUGUAUUUUAGCCUCAGAUUACUCCUUAGGGCAAAAUUGUAAUAGAAGUAUGCCUCUCAUAUCUGAAUUGCCAUUCAGAAAUCUUGGAUAUAUUUUCUGGGACAUAACUUUAAAAUUAUUGCUCCUGCCCACUUUGAUGAAUGAACAGUAUGGUACCUGUGCUGUGUCACUUCCUGGUGGACAAGAGGAGCGAGCCAGUGCAGGUUUAUUCCGAUACAGGGUUUGUCUGCUACUGUCACUUUUUAGUUUAGUUUUUUGGUCAGUUGAGAUUUCUUUGUCUCAUUCCUCUCUACAAGAGAGGGUAAUUUUUUUGUUGUUUGUGUUUUAUCAACAGUUUUUGUUUAAUAUCCUGACAGAAUUGAAGAGCUGGGACUAAAAUUAGAGGCUUGGGUUUCAGCACUGGAACAAAUAUAGCUGCAAGAGAACUGUUUCCCUAUCUGCAGCCAAAGAAAAUGGGACAGAAAAAGUAUGAAAAGUUUUGCAUCCUGUCUGGAUGUGUUUUGCUUUCAGAAAGACCACGAACAGUCUCUCAGUUGGUGUUCCUCUGUCCUGGAGAAUAGAUUUAGUAGUAGUGGGAAGAAAUUAUUUAGUAAAACCUGGAAUAUGAUGCAGUAUAACAGUUCUUUGAUAAUAUGCACUUCUCUUGGCAUCAGUCAUCGUCUUGUCCACCUGUGUAAGGCACAUGAUAAGAGAAAUUUCUAGAGGUACCAAAAAAGGUGCAGGUUAUUUUAGAGAAGGUUGGAAUGUAUUUACUGAAAUGAAGGCAGCCCAAAUCAGGUUACUAAUCUGCCUUUGUACAAAUAUCGGAGUGGUGACUGUGAAUCCUUAUUACUCAGCUGCCAUUUUGUGAGGUGUUUCUUUGUUAAAUCUGAAAAGGUGCCCACUGUCUUCAGACAUCUGAAGCUCCAUGUUUUAUAUGAUGCUCUACAGAUUACUUGUUCCAGAUAACUACAAGGAACUUCAGCCACAUCUCUGUAUUAAUAAUUUAUAGUAAAGGUGCUAUGCAAUGGCUUUAAAAAAAGCAAGUCAAAUCUACAUUAGGCUGUGCUUGUGAGUUCUCAUUUUAAAUAUAUGUGCCUGACCUGGUCUCUCCAAGAUUUCAGACCCAGUGUGCAAACCUGUUAAACAAUGAAAAAUUAACAUAAGUACACAGGAAGAGUUGUAUUAUAGGACAUGGUUUUAUUAAUUUAUAGUGAAACACUUUGAAAUGCCUCAUAAAUGUAUCAUUAAUAGUCACUUAAACUUAAAGCUUGACCUGAAAGUUCAAUAUAAUUUCUUUCAUAAUGCAGUAACAUAAUAGAAGUAAGAAUGUAUACUGUAAUUUUUAUAUUAUAUGUUAUAUAUUUUUGAAAAAUCCAACAUCUUGAAGCACUGGGUCACAUGAUGAUUUUUAUAAUACAGAAAUAUUUUUAAUUUAAUGCAUGUUUUUUUAUUUCUGAUUGACUGUAUUCAUUAUAAAGAAAUUUGGAACAUGUUGAUACUCAUUUUUUUAUUUACAUAAAACUGAUUGUAAUACUUUAUUUUGUCAUAUUGUUGUGAAGCACCAGAAAAUAAAGGGUGAUAAGAUACUUUUUAAAAAUUAAGUUUAACUUCUGUAUGUUUUCUCAUCUGUAGGGCAAAUUGUCAAUUCCUUGUCUCUAAAGUACAUUUUUAAAGUUAACUGGUAAAUAUGACUAAGUCACACCUGUUUCACUAAUGUUGGGGGGGAAAAUCUUCACCUCUGAAGUACUGAAACAUACAUUCCUGGAAGGAAUCACAAAAGUAAUAUGCAGAGCAUAUUAAUGCUUAGUAUUCAGCUAUUUAUCUGUCUUAAAUUUUGAGAAGUGCUUCCAUUUUCUUGUAAUUUCUUGUAAAGAAUGCUGCAGCUCAGAACUUGAUAAAAAGGCUUUUACCCAUACUGGAAGAAUGACGCCUAUUGUUAAAAGAAUGAGGCAGAUGGCAAAUAUCUUUACCUCAGUAUGGCUCCAUGAUAAUCUUCCAGCCCUAGGUAAAGGUGGUGUGUGAUUCACGCAACCUGAAGUACCGGCAUUCAGCAGCUGUGAGCUGGAACCCGAGGGGAAAUCCAUGUCAACUGGAAGAACAAAGCACUGGUACUUCACACUACUGCGUUAUAUCUGAAGAAGGAUCAUGCAGUAUUUUUUUAACUGAGUUAUUUGCACUUGGAUUCUUGGCACUUCUGGAAGAAAAAAAAAAAAAAAAAUAAUAACUUGAGAGAAUCAAAAGCAUUACAGACCACAGAGAGGAGGACACUCCAGGAGGAAAGGUGGGAAUCAACAGUGUGAGGGGCUCGUGGAGGAAACAGACACCAGCUGUUACUGGGCCCACUGCACUGGAGUUAAGGACAUUAAGGCCUGCCUGGUUGAUAACAGUCAGCUUCUGUCCUGCCAAUAUUUCUUGUCAACGUAUAAAAGAAAAACCUUUUUGCAGGAACCAGACAAAUCCUCCAUACCAUGAAGCACAACUUUAAAUGCUGGGUUACUGCAUUUACUGCUGCAACGGCUGGUAACUCGGGGCACAUUGAUCAGCAAUUGCCAGGGGUAAGAGAUGUUGGCAUGUGGGGCAUAUCCCAUGUUCCUAAUUCAAGUGGAAGUCAGAUGGGAUUUUGUGAUUCAACAGGAGGAUAUAUGAAUAGCAAAAAAAGGUCAUCUGGUAAAAUUAAAGUCCCAUGCAUCCUUGGCCGUUAAAGAGACCAAAUCCAGCAAGAGAGCAUUUUUCUAACCAGUGACCUCAAUACAAGAAAUUUGGCUAUCCAAGCAAUAAUUUACCUUAUGCAGGUUAUGCAGAGGGGAGGCAGUAUCAGGUAUGUAUUAAUAACAUACCUAUGCAUAUAUACUACAUAACCUUCUCUCUCAGUACUCAGUACAAGUUAUCACAGUUCAAAUUGGUGGUAUUUAUGUCACUAAGUAAAGAUGUGAGCUAAUAAAAAGCCUAAAACAACCUUUUACUCUACAGGUGUCUUCUUCAGGAAUAUUAGACUCCUGCUAAUUCCAUUCUAGACUGGAUAAAUUUUGCAAUGUUUCAAUCAUUUUCUGAGUCCUUUACACUUAGAUGCUACAACUCACAUAAACAGGGGUUUGACCAAACUGAGGGAUGGCUACCCAAGACAGCCCCUCAGGAACAGACACUGCAGUCAGUAUAGAGAGAUUCCUGCAGCUCUGGCAGAGGAAUUACUGGAAUUCUAUGUUGUAACUUACUGUACAGUGAAGGGAAUUUAUGUGGCUGACAUGAAAAAAUAAAUGCCUAAAAGCUCUGUGCCCAUCUCACCAAUACUGCUUUUUUAUGCCAGCAUGUCUUGUGAUUUCACUGGAAUACUGGGGAAGAUCAAGCUAUCGGUUUCCAGCCAUGCUGAAAACUUCUGCAAUGGUGAUAUGAGAGUGCUAACUGUCAUGUAACAACUGUCUUGUAACAUUUACUGAAAAUGUAAACUUUUAAAAAUUAUAGUUUUCCAAACUCUCUCCUGAAUAAUGAUACCACCAGAUUUCCACUGAAGUGUGAAAAGUAUGACUGUUAACAGUUGUGUUAGUACUUUCCUCUUACAAAGCACCUUUCCUUUGGGACUCUGGGAUUCUUGUUCCCCUCCCUCCACAACUUCAUAAUUCAAACUUAUUAAAGCUUCAUGGAAAGUUGCUAUUAUGUUUUAUGUACAAGUAGUAUGAUGUAGAGUGAAAUUAAAUUAUUUAUUCCAGAA